AUGGUUUCGACGGACAACUGUGCCCGAUUGACUCCUCUUUUGGCAAGAGAUGCAUAUUCCAUAGCAAAGCCAGUCAGGCUGUCGCAAAGGAAUGGAUGUGCCGGCACGUCUUUGCCCAGAAAGGUCAUUUAUUUGAAAGAUGUGCAGAAUCUCCGGGUUUGCUUGGCUGGAUGUGCGACGUGUGCUUCGAUGUCAAGGAUACCACGUCAAUCCUCAGGACAAGAUUCAAAGACUUUGCUCAUCAAGCGCCUAAGUUCUCAAUAUGGCUGCUCUGAAGUGGAGGUUGAGCGAAGCCUUUCGGUCUUUCAGCUUGCAGACCGCUCGGGUGACGGCACGAUCCAGCGAGAGGAAUUCACACAAUUGGUGGAGAGAACGCUGCAGGCCGAGCUCACGCCAGAGGAGCUUGAUCGUUAUUGGCAGGACAUUUGCCCAGAAAAUGGUCCUCAACGAAUUGGUUUCGAAGAGUGGUUUGGCUGGGUCCGCCGGAACUAUCUGCCCUUUCAGGAACUGACAGUCGAAGCACCUGUGCCAGAAAGCUACGAAUUAGUCACAAGUGCUGUUGGUGUGGCGCUCGCCCUGUUUCUGCUUGGCCAGCUUGAUGCUUUUGCCUCAUCGAUUCCUGGAAUUGGUGGUGCAUCAUUCACCUUCUGGGCUCCACCACUAGGGUCGGUGGUGGUUCUCCUAUUUGGUCCUGGCUUGCAGGGCCGCCGUGGAGCCCUAGGAGAUACGGAGGCUAUACGCACGGUCAUUGUUGCGUGCUUCGGGUGUGCCCUUUGUGCGAUGAUUGCCAUUUAUUUUUUGGGAGGUGAGAACCCCCCUUUGACACGGGCAGCGGCUGCAAGCGCUUCUUUACUUUGGAUGCGGUCCACUCGUAGCUUGUUUGCGCCAGCAGGAGCGUUCGCCACACUGGCCGUUGACGAAUCCUUGCCACGGCUGCCGGCAGUACGGGAUUGGCAAUGGGUUGCAGAAGGGGUGCAGCUGAUUUUAAUUCCAGCAAUUUGUGGGUCCCUUUUCCUUUUUGCUUCUCAAUCUGCUGCUGUGUGGUUGCGGACAACAUUUGCUUGGCAAGAGCCGCUCUCUUUACAAGAUACAUGGCUAGUUGGAGAACUUCGCAACGCCUUUCCAUCGCUGCCCAAACGCGAAUUGUCCAAGCUGCUAAAGCAGGCUGAUGAAGUUUUUUACGAGCCAAGAUCGAUUCUGACUGAGCAGGGAUCCUCGAACAAGUAUUUGUGGUUGGUGAUUUCAGGAAAGCUUCUCGUGGAGGUGAGUGGACAAGUUGCUUCAACACUGGAGCGAAAGGCCAUUGUGGGCGAAGUGACAUUCUUGGAUCCUCGAGACAAGCUUGCCACAGCUACAGUUUAUGCCGCAGCGCCCAACGGAGCCAGGACUUUACGUUGGCGGCAAGAGAAACUACGAGCUUUUUGUGAAUAUGAGAACAGCUUGGGGGAGAAAUUGAUGGCGGCAAUCUCUGAAGAGUUGAUUGAGAAAAUGGUGCGCGGCCGUGGUGCUGGUCGUAGGUCCCCUGAAGAGUCAUUGAAACUGUUGAUUCAGCUCCGCAGAGCCUUCCCGCAGCUGGGCACGGCAGAGGUCCCGCGCUUCCUCAAAGUGGCUGAAAAUAUUUGUUACCCACAAGGAAGUUUGCUCACUACUCAGGGAGAGAAGAACGAGUUUCUUUGGUUGCUUUUGUCCGGAUCUCUGUCUGUCAUCGUCGACUCCCAAAUGGUUGCUCAAUUGUCAGAGGGCGCCCUGAUUGGCGAGGCCACAUUCUUAGGCUUUGCUGAGGAAGGUAGAGCCACUGCCACUGUACGUUCAGAUGAUUCAGAGGGCGUCCAGACACUCCGCUGGUCUCAGGAAAGCCUGAGAGAACUUCUCAACGAAGACAUCGCCCUGCGUGAGAAGUUGGUGCCAGCGAUGUCUGAGGAGCUGUUACGUCGUUUGAGUGGAAAAAUGACAGAAGCGCAGAGAUGGAAAGGCAAGUCUGACUGCUUGACACAUGAUUGGUGCAUGGAGAAAUCAAGUGGCAGCGCGUAG